AUGGCAGAGAAGGGUUCCCCGCCGUUGAAUUGGCGUGACUGCACUUCCUUUGUUGAAGUCAAAGGGAGCGUCGAUGAUGCUCCUCAUCCCGAUGAUUCUCACACGGGCUCCCCCAAGGACUCGCUAGUCCAAGCCGUGGACUACUGCCGCAGCAUCCUGGACUGCCGUCCCUUCAUGCUCCAUGUGUAUGGUAUCAUUCUCUGUGGCUACAAGUUCUGCCUCGUUUACGUCGACCGCUACGGAGUAAUCCUCUCUCCUCAUAGUUCCUUCCGAGACCGUGGCACUGGGGAUGAACCGGAUGGUCUGUCUCAAUUCAUACGGAUCAUUCUGCGACUCAUGUGGGAUGCUUCCGACCAUGAACUUGGCAUGGAUCCCAAUGUCACGAACAGCGGUAAACGUACCGAUUUCGGUGGCCAGAAGUAUCCACGUCUCACUGUUUCGAUGACCACUCCCGAGGGGCCGAGCACUUGGAAUACACUCGGGCCGCCUCUGUGGACCUCUCACACACUCUUCGGGCGUGGGACGUCAGUGUGGAGGGUGACAAAGUCCCACAAGCCUCCUUCCAUCCUGAAAGUCGCGUGGUCCACGACUAAUCGCAAGCCCGAGAGGGACAUAUACGCGAGCAUCCAAAGCCUUAUCGAAAAGGCUGGAGGUGAAAGUAUUCCGGGGAUGGUGAACUGCCAUACCGUGGAAGGUGGAGAUGUCUUCUACCCGGACGAUCCGACCGUACCCAUCAACGUGAGCUCCCUUCGGCCAAAGGGAACGCAACCUUGUCCAGAGCAGCCGCCGCAACUUGUGUACCCGGAUCUGCAUUUGCACCGCGUCGUAUUUCAUGACGUCGGAAAGCCCCUUUGGAGAUUUAAUGGCCAUCCACAGCUCGUACGCGCUAUGAAGAUGGCAUUGGAAGCGCAUGAAAAGCUCUGCGAACUGGGAGUUCUUCAUCGAGAUAUCAGUCCAGGCAACAUCAUGAUAAGGAUGAACGUAUCUCGGCAUGAAAACCAAAUCCAAGAGCUCGAAAAGGACGUAGAGCUCACGGAAGGUUUCCUUACCGAUUUUGAGCUAGCGGAAGGCCCUUGGUCCGACGAUACGCCAAAGCGGAACGAUAUUGUGACUGUCAGUGAUUCAUGA